AGAUGUACUAAUUCGCUGUCACUCGGAUUACCAUGCAGAGCGAUAACUCCUACUAGGUACUACUAGGUAUGUAUUAUGUAGGUAUGUAAGAAAGAUCUCGAUACCUGGUCAAGGUGGGGGAUGAGGUAUGCAGCUGUAAGCCUCCUCAUCUACCUACCAUUUACCUUGGAUUUCUACAGUCAGGUAGGUACCUAGUAUCUAAUCUGUUUUAUUACACAUAUAUACCAAAAUACAGAGAUAUUUACAAACUUUUGGAUCUCACAACAGCCGGGGGCUGAUUGCAAUUUCUAUUCACAUGCAUAUUGGCGACAUGGUAAACUUUGAGUGAGACAUGUGGCUAAGCUAAGACAAUCAACCGUGCCGUUCAACUGAGACGAAAUAAUGGCAGCAGCUGAUGUGCUUCCGACGCCGCCCGUCGCCGGGCCUGUGUUUGAGACUGAGUCCGCUCCAGCUGCUCCGUCUGCUGCCGAGGCUCUCACCCCUUUAAUCCAAUCGACUUAUAAGACUUCCGAGCUACGUUUCUUCGUAAACGGUCGCCGGGUCUCCAUCCAGAAUCCCAAUCCUGAAUGGGUUCUACUGGACUGGAUUCGGGCUCAAGAUAGUCUGAAAGGGACUAAGCUAGGAUGUGGCGAAGGAGGAUGCGGUGCUUGCACCGUCGUUCUUCAGACUGUUGAAAAGGGGAGACGACUAAAGCACAUGGCCGUAAACGCUUGCCUCUAUCCUCUGCUCGGAGUCGACGGAAAGAGCUUAAUUACUAUCGAGGGCCUAGGCACUGUUGAUCACCCACACCCGCUACAAGAAAGAAUAGCAAAAAUGCAUGGAUCACAAUGUGGAUUUUGUACUCCAGGCAUAGUCAUGAGCUUGUAUGCGCUGAUCAGAAAUUCGUAUCGGGAUGGAAAAUUCCAUCUUUCAACCACAGAUGUGGAAUUGCAAGGGCAUCUAGACGGAAAUCUUUGUAGAUGCACUGGUUAUAAGCCAAUUCUCGAGGCCGCCAAGACGUUUAUUGUAGAAGACUUAAAAGGCGAUUUAGUUGAUGAGUCUUCCUCGUCUGCAUCGGAUACUGAUAAUUUGUCAGACAGUGUUCUCCAGACUCCAGUGGAUGAGAAUGGAUGUGGUAAACUAUCAACUGGUUCGUGUGGGCGUCCAGGGGGGUGCUGUCGCGAUUCGCCAUCUUCUUCCUCUGAGAGUGUUGGUAGAGAUUCUUCUAAAGACUCUACUACUACUAGAGCAACCUCGGUGGAUUCGUAUCAAAAGGCUUCAUUGCCCGAAUCUUUCGUGCCGUACGAUCCCACUGUAGAGUUAAUAUUUCCUCCAGCUCUUUGGAAAUAUAAGCCACAACCUAUCUGCUAUGGCGAUGCAACGAAAAUUUGGUUCAAACCUACAACCCUUGAACAGCUCAUAGAGCUGAAAGACGCUUGGCCUUCCGCGAAAAUUAUAGGGGGCGCCAGUGAAACACAGAUUGAGGUUCGCUUUAAGAAGUCCGAGUUUCGAGUGUGUGUAUAUGUCUCAGAUAUCGAGGAACUUAAUGCUUUCGAGGACGUCGAGAGCGAUUUCGACCCCAGCACCCUUUCUGAGGUAUGCAUCCCAGGCAACAUGCCACUGACGAAGGUCGAAGAAUUGUGCACCACGUUGUUCGCAAAACUUGGCACAAGAGCAAGUGCUUUUGAGGCACUUCGGAAGCAACUGAGGUACUUUGCAGGGCGUCAGAUUCGGAAUGUUGCCAGUUUGGCCGGAAAUCUAGCAACUGCUAGCCCCAUAUCGGACUCUGCCCCAGCACUCCUGGCAGCAGGAUCUCAACUCACCAUAAGAACGAAGGGAGAGGGCUCAUAUAAUAUACCUCUAUCUACCUUCUUUGUUAGAUACCGAACCACCCAAUUGCCUGCCAACGGUGUGAUUACGCAUAUCAAGAUACCCCUACCACCGCCAGGGGUGACCGAAAUAACUAAAGCAUAUAAACAAGCCAAAAGGAAAGACGACGACAUAGCAAUCGUAACCGCAGGCUUUCGAGUACGCCUUGAUCAAGGAGGCUUCGUUCAGCAAGCAACAUUCGUGUUUGGCGGUAUGGCACCUACCACCGUAGUUGCAACGACGGCCCAGGAGGGUGUAAUAGGAAAGAAAUGGACGGAUAGUGGUACACGUGAAGAGGCAGUAAACGCUCUUUUAAAAGAUUUUGACUUGCCAUUUGGCGUGCCAGGAGGCAUGGCUCAGUAUAGGAAAACCUUGACAUUAUCUCUGUUUUUCCGGUUCUGGCAUGAGAGCAUCAAAGAAUUAGGUCUCCAUGAGACCAAAUAUGACGAUGUCCCUGAAAUACAUCGGGGAUUCUCUACCGGGACGCGAGAUCAUCAUGCCACUUCAGACACAAAGGUUGUUGGCAAACAGAUUCCACACCUUGCAGCCUUAAAACACUGUACGGGUGAAGCGGAAUAUAUUGAUGAUAUGCCACAACAGAAAAGCGAGCUACAUUGUGUUCUCGUCCAGUCAACGAAAGCACACGCAAAGAUACUCGAUGUCGACUGGAGCGCCGCGCUUGAGGUACCAGGAGUGGUUGGCUAUCUUGAUAAGGACAGCGUACCUCGUGGGAGCAAUCUCUGGGGUCCUAUACGGGUGGAUGAACCUCUGUUUGCGGUAGAUGAAGUGAAUUCGCAUGGCCAAACCAUUGGUGUUGUCUACGCCGAGACAGCCUUGCAAGCCCAAGCUGCAGCUGCCAAAGUCAAGGUAACAUACCAAACUCUACCUGCCAUACUCACCAUCGACGAAGCCAUCAAAGCCCAGAGUUUUUUCGAGCAUGGAAAGCAACUGAAGAAAGGAGCUGCCAUAGAUGGGCCCCUCGAUAGUAUAUUUUCCAAGUGCGAGCACGUCUUUGAAGGCAUCGCGAAAAUGGGUGGUCAAGAGCAUUUCUAUUUGGAAACGAAUGCUGCGCUAGCUAUCCCACACGUAGAAGAUGGGUCCAUGGAAGUCUAUGCCUCCUCGCAAAACCUAGCAGAGAAUCAAAUUUUCGUCGCUCAGGUGCUUGGGGUGCCCAUGAGUCAUGUGAACAUGAGAGUUCGACGCCUUGGUGGCGCUUACGGCGGAAAGGAGUCGAGGAGUACAUCGAUAGCAUGUUAUGUGGCCAUAGCUGCCAAGAAGGAACGCCGUGCAAUGAGACUGAUGUUGAACCGCGACGAAGACAUCGCAAAUAGCGGGCAGAGGCAUCCAAUGCAAUGUAGGUGGAAAAUCGGUACAGACGCAAACGGGAUUAUCCAGUGUCUCGAUGCAGACGUAUACAACAACGCGGGACAUUCUCUAGACAUGUCAGGGGCCGUGAUGGAUCGAGCGUGCACUCAUCUCGACAACUGCUACCAUAUACCGCAUGCCUGGAUUCGUGGCUGGGUUUGCAAAACUAAUACGGUAUCAAAUACAGCGUUCCGCGGGUUUGGAGGACCACAGGCCAUGUACUUUGCCGAGUCUUAUAUGAGUGUGAUCGCUGAGCGUCUCAAUAUCGACAUUGAUGAGUUGCGGUUGAGAAAUCUGUAUAAGCAGGGAGAGUUGACACCCUUUUUACAGACGAUCGACGCUGACUUCCAUAUCCCGACUAUGCUAGAGCAGUUGGGCGAGAAUGCGAACUAUGAGAACAGGAAAAAGGAGAUCGAGGUCUUCAAUUCAAAGAACCGCUAUAGGAAAAGGGGAAUCUGUAAGAUUCCGACGAAGUUUGGCAUCAGCUUCGCAACAGCCCUCCACCUAAACCAAGCUGGUGCCUAUGUGAGGAUCUACGAAGAUGGAAGCAUACUACUUCAUCACGGAGGCACGGAAAUGGGGCAGGGUCUUUACACCAAGAUGUGCCAAGUUGCAGCCGAGGAACUUCGCGUAACCGUUGACCAGAUCUUCAACAAAGACUCGCAAACCGAUCAAGUCGCCAACCCAUCCCCUACAGCUGCAUCGUCUGGCAGUGAUUUAAACGGCAUGGCUGUAAAGAACGCCUGCGAUCAACUCAACGAACGUCUAGAACCCUAUCGGAAGCAAUUCGGGUAUGACGCUCCAAUGUCGGUGAUUGCCCAUGCUGCAUACCGGGACCGAGUCAACUUGGCAGCCAAUGGCUUCUGGAAGAUGCCUCGUAUAGGAUACAAAUGGGGUAACUACAAGGAUCCCCUCCCGAUGUAUUAUUACUUCACCCAAGGUGUCGCCAUCACCGAGGUCGAAUUAGAUGUUCUUACGGGGGAUCACACGGUUCUCAGGACUGACAUAAUGAUGGAUAUCGGCCGCUCCAUUAACCCAUCUAUCGAUUAUGGACAAAUCGAGGGGGCCUUUGUCCAGGGACAAGGACUCUUUACGAUGGAGGAGUCACUGUGGACCCGGGGAGGUGAGCUUGUCACGAAGGGGCCCGGAACUUACAAGAUACCAGGAUUCUCGGACAUCCCCCAGAUCUUCAACGUGUCCAUGUUGCGGCACGACUCAGGGGGCAACGCCAUAAGCUGGAAGCAUCUACGCUCUAUCCAGAGCAGCAAGGGCACCGGCGAGCCGCCGCUGUUCCUAGGCUGCACGGUAUUCUUUGCGCUCAGGGAGGCCGUCAGGGCGGCGAGGAAAAUGAAUGGCGUGGCAGAGCCACUGGUACUCAAUGCGCCGGGAACACCGGAAAAGCUUCGUUUGGCUGUUGGCGAUGACCUCGUCAGACGCGCUGCGGUGGUGCCCAAGGAGGGCGAGAAGAACUUUUUUGUUCGUAUUGAGGACUGAGGGGAAGAUAUGAGUGAGUGAGUGAGUGAGAACCUAGGUAUCUGGUUUUUAGUCGUACAUUUUCAUGGCCGGUUGGCGCCUGGGGAAGCGGUUAACCUUAGGAUGAGAUAUUUGAUAUAGCCAAGUCAUCUCAUGUUCAUAAUGAAUAAAAU